AUGGCGUGCAGCAGGGCGCACAGCAAGGUGCACAGCACGGAGCGCAACAGGGACUGCAACACGGACUGCAGCACGGGCUACAGCAGUCCCCGCAGCACGGACCGCAGCAGGGGCUGCAGCACGGACUGCAGCAUGGGCUGCAGCAUGGGCUGCAGCAGGGGCUGCAGCAAGGUGCGCAGCAAGAUCCACAGCAGGGGCUGCACAUCUUCGAUUCCAUCUCACACUCAGACAUCGGCCGAGGCGGCGGCUGCGACAGCGGCGGCAGGAUCCGCAGAAGGAGGCUCCGCCAUCAGCCCCGAUGAGAGCGGCGACCCAUCAUCGUCGGCGACCGCAUUCUCCAGCCUGGCUCAAGUGUCCUCGCUCCUGCCGGAGGCAUCCGCCCUUUCGGCGACAAACGGACUGGUGGAGCCGUAUCUGGAUGGCUACGCAACCUCCAAUGUGACGACUCAGAUUGGAACACAUGCGUAUCUGCCCUGUCGGGUCAAGCAGCUGGGAAACAAAUCAGUUUCCUGGAUUCGGCUUCGGGAUGGACACAUCUUGACCGUUGACAGAGCUGUCUUCAUAGCCGACCAGCGAUUCCUGGCCAUCAAGCAGCCGGAUAAGUACUGGACUCUGCAAAUCAAAUACGUUCAGGCCCGGGACGCGGGAUCCUACGAGUGCCAGGUCUCCACAGAGCCCAAAGUCAGUGCACGAGUCCAGCUGCAAGUUGUGGUUCCCCGCACUGAGAUCCUGGGCGACCCGGAUCGCUACGUGAAGGCGGGCAGCAACGUGGUCCUCCGCUGCAUCGUACGCGGCGCCCUGGAGCCGCCCACGUUCAUCAUGUGGUAUCACGGGGCCGAGCAGUUAGCCGCCGACUCCCGGCGCCAUCGCAUCCAGUUGGAUCCCAAUCUGCCGGAGGCCACCGGCGAUGGACUGAGCACGAUUGGCUCAUUAAUCAUCGAGUCGGCCAAGAAGCGCGAUACUGGCAAUUACACAUGUAGCCCGUCGAAUAGCCCCAGUGCGACCGUAACGCUGAACAUAAUAAAUGGCGAAUCAUCGGCCUCGGCGGUCACUUCAUCGGCAGCCACCACCCGGGCCUAUGCCCUCUGCGUCCAGGCCCUCCUUCUGAGCGUUAUCCUGAUUGGAGUGGGCCAUCGAACAUGACAUGUCGCAGCCCGAAAACCAAACUGAAGCAUCACAGGAGCAUGGUCUCUGCCCACAACUCUGCCAAUGGAAAAUAUAUAAAAUUGUUAGACGAAAAUAGAAAAAAGAAAAGCAAAAGCAAGCCAUAAAACCGAUAAAGAAAGCGAAACAGAAACCGAAGCGGAAGCGGAAGUGAAACAAAAAACCAAAAUGGAGAUUAAACGUAAUAAUCGAGUGCAUGUUGUAAGCUAGUUGAUUUUAUCCACUAACUAAUAACCAAUACGUAUAGAGGAUAAGUCCAUAAUCCCUGGAUUACUCCCAGACCGUUUCCCCUCAAAGAAAAGAUAAAGAAUAAGAUCCCUAGCCCUGCUAAUUGUAAGUUCUACCAGCUCUAAGCGAACUAGCCUAUAAGUCCUUAGUGUAAGGCCGACCCCUGAUUUUUGUAGUGCAGGUUUAGUUUUGGUUUUAGUUUCGAGAGAGGCUUUGUUUUGCGGCAAAUACUGAGUGAGUUUGCAUAAAUGCAUAACCGUAAAUAUUUAUGCAGUUCGAUGUGAAAUUGCAUCGAUAUCCUGAACCCAUUCGGAUCGCAUGAACGAAUCACAGGGAGGCGAAGUGCUACGGACGGAGGAGGGAAUUUUCUGCCAUCAAACGAAUGCAUUUUCGGAAAAAUUCAACUCGAAUGCAUUUGCAUGGCAAUUCGAGUCUGGAAAAAUAUUUGCUGUCUCCUUCCUAUGUGGCAACAUGCUGAACUUUUCAAUUAGCCGUAUUUCACUCAUCCUGACCCCCUGGUCUCCCUCACGCCCGCACUCCCUGGACAAUUUUUGGAAAAUUUAUUAUUUUUAGCAAAUACUGGCCACUAGACGGUGACCUCGUUUUUGUAGGAAAUCGAAUAAAUUUACUCAUAACUGCAUACCCUCGAAGAGGCCGUCCCAAAGAUCAGAAACAACAAUUUUUAUUUGGUUUAUGUUGAAAGAGUUUUGGUUGGAAUUAUCUACUGCGGACAGAGAAGAAACUCCCACAACUAUAAACUGUCUGAUUUUUGUGCGACACUUAAUGCAAAGAUUUGCAUGGCCAAUUUAUGGAACUCUAUUUUAUGUGCUCUUAUCUCACGAACAAGCUCGAAACAUGCGGCAAAAACCAAAAUUCAUAAAGUAAAUAAUUGCAUAAGGAACAAAAAAAAAUUAUAGAAAAUAUAAACAUGCAUUGAUCGAAAUGGACAGCCAGCAGGACACUGCAGGCUGGACAGGGUGCAGAGGACAGGACCCAGGGGAGAAAAGCAAACAAAAACAAUUUAAUUGAUAACGAAAGUAAAUUUAUUGGAUUGAGCGGACUGACUCGCGAACUGUAUAUAACUCUAUUGCGAAAUUGUUCAACAAAAAUGUAAAUUAAUUGAAUAUACAAAUAAUAUAAAUGGCAGAAUCCAACCAGAGACGUAUUCCAAACACUAAUGAAUUGCAUUUAAACGAUACAAAUAAAUAAAUAUAUACAUAUAUACAUAUAUGCAUAAAUAAAUAGCGGGCAAAGGAAAACAAAGGCAGUCAAAGAAAUAAAUAAACCGAAAUCAAACGGACAGAAUGUAAACACACGGUGUGCGUGUGUGUGCAGCCCCCAACCCGCAAGCCCAUCCGGCUCGUAUUUAUUUAUCCACUUAAUGUCCUUUUUAAUUACACUCACACAUAUACGAAUAUACGCGUGCACUCCACUAUCCACGGAAAAUCCCAUAAAAAUUGUCUGAAAUUAAUUAAAGUCGACCGUCGUCCCGGCUUGACGUCUACGUGAAAGCUGAGGAGGCUGCUGCGGCAACUUAAUUGCAAUUAGGUGCAUGCCACACGCACUCCCCACUAGUCCAGUCGCGAACUCCAACAAUGCCAUCAAAGCGGCAUUAAUUAUGCGUGUGUGAUUGCUCGAAGGCAAACCGAUACUCUGUCACACCCUGCGUAUACUUGAUGCGCUCGACCUUUGAGCGUUUAAAAAAUUGAACUCUGCCAAGGCAACCGCAAGCAGCUGGAGGAGCAAACAUCCCCGAAGCGAGAACGGAAAAACACACGGAAAUAAAUUUCUGUGGUCAGUGUAUCGAAUGGAAGGGAGGAUCCUGGUGAGAAUUAACCAGGAUUCUUUUCACGGGUGUCGACAAUUAACACAUUACCGUUUGCAUGCAUCAAAUGCUUGCGGUCUGCGGUUUACCGCCUUUGAAUUACCACCCACAGUCUGUGAGGGCGCCCGCGUAUUUAAUACUUAACUUUCAACCUAUAUUUUACCGCCAAAAAGCCACCAACAGCCCAUUGGACAGCCCAUAAAAACUGAAUGUUUACCACAACACUGAAUCUGAAUACGAAACUUUGUUAGAUUUAAGCGGCAAGUCGUAUAUGACCAUAGCGAGUACUAUACGAAUCAAAAUCAAAAUACAUUUCUAAGCUAUUAAGUGUUUUUCAUCAUCAUCGUCUCGAUUAACGUAUAGAUGGAAUAUGUACGUGUAAUUAUCAAAACACCCAAAACUAUUUGUAAAUAAUACGCAUUACGCAACGUCCUCCCAAAACCGAAGCAGGAGUAGCAAAAAGAAGAAGUAUAUUAGAAGGUGUGGGCGUCACAUUUUAAAUACCGACACUCGAACACUCGUGUACUCCAUGAUAUAGCAAAGUUUAUUGUUAAGUACCGACUAAUACGAAAUACUUACGCAUACAUAUGUAAACGAAACUAAGAACUAUGUGAAACUUUAACUGACAAAUUUAUUGCAUUACAUACAAUAAAA